GCAAUCCUGGGCUACGCCAUCUUUGGGGAAACUUUGUCAUUUCAAUGGUGGAUCGGUGCGAGCUUCAUUGUGGUGGGCACUAUGUUGGUGAACAAGGAAGGUAAAGGUGUUCGGGAGCAUAAAGAAAAG